AUGGCCCUUCAGAAAAUUGUCGCGUUGCCAUACGACAUCUGGAAAGAGAUCGUUGGCCUUGUUGAAGACCGAGGGGACUUGGUGCGACUGUGCCUUGUCAACUCCCUGAUCGCCCCAAUCGCCGGAAAGCGGCUCUAUUCCUCACCUGUUCUCAAUGAUAUCGUGAACACUGCGAUGUUUUAUCGCACAAGUAUAGGAAAUCCGACAUUGGCCGAGCACGUCACUACCAUGAAACUAGAGUUGGAUUAUAUCUUUUGGGUUGGCCGCAAUUUCCUUGUUGGAUGGCAAGAAGUACAAGCACCGGCCUAUUUGCGCCUAUUUUUUCGCCUGAUCAACCAACUCGUGAAUCUCAAGGAACUCAAUCUCAGGUCUCGCGAAAGCCAGGGUCGUACCAUGUCUCAAGCCCUCUCGGUCAAUCUCAGCCGGAUGCGACCCCGCUUGUCAAGCUUCCCAUUCAUCGGACUAUUCCAAUGUUCCGCGCGUCCUGUUCUUCGUUCUCAGACCUCAUUAGAGUCAGUACACUUGGCCUAUUGCGCCGGCAACGAUUACGCCCCUGAGCUGGUAAACCUGUCCCCAGAUACGGUUCCCCAACUGCGACGUUUCAUCUGCGAUAGUCACUCUACCUGCCAGCUCGUACGAGGACGACCAGUCGAAGAAUUCUCUUUGAGUGACGAGGGAGGAUACAGCUAUAUCAGUCCAAAAGAUCUGUCUUCUUGUUUGGCACAUCUACAACUCUCUUUGCGACCACUUCGAAAGCUCCAGAUCGGUAUCUAUGCGUUGGAUUCCACAACUCUGGUCAAAAUUCAAGGUGCGAUGCCACAUAUCAUCGACCUCAACAUUAAGACGCGGGCAGAGUUGGAGGCACAAGUAAGAAUGUCGUACCUUCACCUGCAUGCGACUGAUGGGAUGCAGCUGCAUCAAAUCAGGUCAUCGUCCGCGCUUGACGCCUUUCACCGAUUUUCACAACUCAGAGCAUUCAAGUUCACCAGCCUAGUGUUUAACAACCUCCAUGCUAUCGAGAUCUCUGCCGCCGUGGACCAAAUACGCCUUGCGUGUCCCUCUCUAAAGACCGUUGUUAUACGGCAACCCGAGGAAGAGGACGUCAUCUUCGGUUUCUGA